AUAACAGCCCAGUCAUCAACAGUUACAGAACACAAUUAUUCAAUUUACUACGUAAUAUCUAGGUUGUUAUCUUUAUAUUUGUAUCUGACGUGCCGUCUUUCCUGUGGUUUUUUCUAGUAUAUAAACGCCACUUCGCAAAAUAAAACUGCAAUAAACAAAGGUCAUCCGAGGUUAUAUGAAAGCAGAAUUUUUGACCGAUGACUCGAGAUCCGCACGCCGACUGUUUACUGACGGAGAUCCGCGCCCGGUGAAAGGCCGCCGGUCUGUACACAUUGUCACCGAAUAUUUGUGAAACUACGACCAACUCUAUCAUAUGUGUGACUAGUGAAGCAUGUGGAAGAAGGCAAAACUUCCUGGGAUAAUCAGCAAACAGACCUAACCUUAUCCAGCUGAGGGGCCACCUACAAAUUACAGGGACAAUGGGAAAGUCCAACUUGAUAACCUUUAACUUGAAGUCCGGACUUAGCUGAUGAAGGAAAAUUAAAUAGAAAUCAUGGAUGGUCUAUUGGACUUGUUGUGUGAAGAGGGUCGAGUUGCGUAUAAUGGAAGUAACUUCAGAUAUGUGGUCCUACUGUGUAGAAACCUAUCCAUAUAUAACCGAUCUCAUCAAUUCAACUCUUCCUUUAUGCAUGCGUUUGAUGGUGAACAAGAAAAUGACAACUUGAAGCGACCAGAAAUAAUCGUAACGUUUGUGUUGUGCGUCUUGGCGCUCUUGUUGAACAUUGUCUCCAUCAUGGCCACCUCUCAGAUCGCCAAAACGUCUCACACAAAAGUGAUCAUAAGUCUGGCAGCCUCCGACAUCCUGGUCUCACUCAGUGUGUUUAUGCACGUCAUUAACAGCCGGUUUAACAAUCCGUCCUUUUCUCUGGACCCAGACCCUCAGUCUCGUUUGUUGUCGGCCUGUAUUCAGGUCUGUGUUGUGUCUUUCAACAAUAUGGCGAACUUGAUGUCUCUAUUUAACCUUUUAGCAAUGGCUGUAGAUCAUUUCAUAGCCAUUCUGAUGCCUUAUCGAUAUGUUCAUCUUUUAAAUAGAAGGAGGACCAAUUUUAUGAUAGCUUUUCUGUGGACAGUUGGAUUUAUAUGGGGAUUUUCUUCCUUUUUUGGAGGCUUUCAAAAAUCUGAAGAUUUAAAGUACUUGAAUUUCUGCGAAACUACAAAUUAUUCGGACUUUCAUUCGGAAUACUUCGUGAUUUUUACAGCUGCUAUUUGCUCCACCGCUAUGAUUGUUAUUUACACCAGAAUAUUUUGUGUUGUUCGGAAGGUCAGUACAGAGUCAACGACUGUUCACAAAGACGGCUUACACAAUACAAAGGCCCUCAGAACCUCUGCUCUCAUCGUAGGAACCUUUGUCGUCUGUUGGUUUCCAAAUCUUGUGUUCCAAAUCAGUGUUCUUAUUCAGCUAAAUGCUAUGAACAGCAGAAACGAAGUCUAUGUAGCACUUUUCCGUGCUAACAGAUAUUUAUACAUUCUAGUCGUGGUGAACUCACUAUGUGAUCCUAUUAUCUACGCCGCAAGGUUAAGGAUAGUUCAGAAAGGUUACUUUAAGUUGCUGUAUCGCUAUUUUGGCUACCAACAUCCAAUGUUGUUAGAUGACAUACAGUAUAGCCAAUCUAAAAUGGAGUUAUUAGCCCGAAAACGGUCAAACGAACACAGAGAAUCUCAUCCAGAAGUUCAAACCAUGUUAUAGAGUCUGGUCCUCUCAGACCAGGCUAGAGGCUGGUUAAAUUUUAUAGAAAGAGGCUCGUCUUGGAUGUCACACAAUGCAUCAAAAGUUAAGACUAUCGAAUGAGGCGUAAGAAACAGUUUUAAUUUAGUGUUUUUUACAUAUAACGCCACUCGGUUAUUUUUCAAGACCUCUGUUAAUACCUAUCCUAUAUUCCAUUUCAUAUUCGGAAUAAAAGAACUAUUGGUGCA